AGUCACGAAUACGCUCCCUGUUGCUACUAUUGCCACCAUAUACCAUGCCUAGUGCGCCAGCUCAGCUUUACUAAGGCUGGCUAAGUUUCCAGGCCCCGAUAGCGUUCAACUCGACGUCGUUUCAGCGGGGUAGCCAGCAGCCAUGCCGUUGUUCCAACCAUUCAGGGCGAUAGGGUACAUCACAGAUGACACGCCGUUCUCCGUACGGCGUGUGGGAACCGAGACGUAUGUCACCGUUAGCGUCGGUCGUGCCUGGCAGAUUUACAACUGCGCGAAGCUUCGCCUGGUCUUCGUCGGAACGGAGCUCCCAAAGUCUAUCCGCGCUCUAUGCUCGCAUCGCGAUCGCACCUUUGCUGCUUUUGGCUCCGAAAUUGCCGUCUUCUACCGCUCGCACCAGGUCGGAACGCUGAAAGGCCACGAGGCUAAGAUCAGACUGCUGCUGGUGUUUGGCGAGUAUUUGAUAUCGGUGGACGAGGAGAGGAACGUGGUCAUAUGGCCGGCCAGAGGGGGGCACAGGAACGGAGCCAAGCGGGAUGGGGAGGAAGGGAAGGGGAGGGAGGGGAAAGAGGGUAGAGAGGCAGCAGAGGAGGGUGGAGUGGGGAAGGAAGAGGGGGAGGGUGGUGCGCCUGACAACGGGACGUUUCAUCUGGAGCCUCUCGGGCAGUUCCAGCUGCCCGAGGGGUUCAAUCCGACCGGGGUAAUUCACCCCGACACUUACCUAAACAAGGUGCUUUUCGCCUCGGAAGACGGGCGCAUGCAGCUGUGGAACGUAAAUUCUCAGAAGCUUCUGUACGAGUUCAAGGGGUGGGGGGUGCCGAUAACUGCGAUGGUGGGAUCACCUGCGUUGGACACGGUGGCAGUGGGGUGCAGCGAUGGCAAGGUGCACGUGCAUAACAUACGGCUGGAUAAACCAGUGGUGGACUUUACUCAUGCUGCUGCUGGCGCUGUGACGGCACUGGCCUUCAACUCAGACGGCCAGCCCCUCCUGGCAGUGGGCGGCAUGGGCGGGGCCAUCAGCGUGUGGGACCUCACCAAGCGCCGCCUGCACUCCGUCAUCCCAGACGCCCAUGAUGGCCGGGUGGCCGCCCUCUCUUUUCUCGUGAACGAGCCCCUGCUACUGUCUGCUGGCGCAGACAACAGCCUCAAGAUCUGGAUAUUUGAUUCGGUGGACGACAACCCUCGUCUCUUGCGCUACCGCACAGGACACAGCUCGCCGCCCUGCUGCAUCAAGUACUACAGGAACGGCCGCCACAUCCUCUCUGCCGGCCUCGACAGAAGCUUCCGUAUCUUCUCAACCGUCCAGGACCAGCAGAGCCGGGAGUUAUCGCAGGGCAACUUUGAGAAGCGGAUGAAGAAGAUGAGAGUGAAGGAGGAGAAGCUCAAGCUCUCCAAGGUGGUCUGCAUCGAUGCUGCUGAGGUGCGGGAGCGCGAUUGGGCCAACGUGGUGACGUGUCACGAGGGCAACCCUUGGGCUUACGUGUGGGAGCUGAGGAACUUUGUGAUCGGGAAGCUGAAGUUAGAGCCUCCAGGCAUUGAAGCAUCCCCUGCGACGACCUGUGCUGUCAGUGUGUGUGGCAACUUUGCCCUGGUGGGCACCUCAGCCGGCCACCUGCAUCUCUUCCACCUGCAGUCGGCGCGGCACCGAGUGGCGUACCAGACACGCAAGCAGCAGUACAGCCCGGCGCAUGGUGGCAUGGUGACAGGCGCUGCUGUGGACGCCAUCAACCGCCAUGCUGUCUCCUGCGGCAGGGACGGGCGGGUCAAGGUGUGGUUUCUCAAAUCCGGGCGGCUGCGUUUUGAUGUGAAUGUUGGCUCUCCCAUAGUGAAGAUGAAGUUCCACCAUGGCAACAACCUAGCAGCAAUCGCCUGUGAGAAUUUCACAACCUACAUCUUCGACGCCGAGGCUGGGCGCCUGGUUCGGCGGUUCCCGGGCCACCAGGAUCGGAUAACCGCCGUGGAGAUGAGCCCCGACGGCCGGUGGCUGCUGACGUCAGCCAUGGAUCUGACUGUGCGCACGUGGCACGUCGUGAGUGGCCGGCCGCUGGACGCGUUCAAAGUCCCCACGGCUGUGGUGGGGCUCUCCAUGUCUCCUUCCUCGGAUCUCCUGGCCACCAUCCACCUCAACCGCCGAGGCAUCUACCUCUGGGCAAACAAAGCCAUGUAUUCUGGGAUUGAUGACUCCGACCUUCUCCCUGCUCCGCUCUCUCUCCCUGACGGCAGCACCACCACCAAUGACAGCGUGCCAGCUGUCCAGAUGCCAGUUCUGAUUGGUCCAAACGAGGGGGCGGAGGGGGGAGACGACGGAGAGGGGGAGGGGGGGAGGAGAGUGAGUGUGAGGGACAUGGGGGCAGGGGACAUGGCGGUUAUAGCUGGGGAGGGAGGAGGGAGAGGGGGAGUGAGUGGGAGAGAGGGCGAGGGAGGGAGGGGGAAGGGCGAGGAGGGGACGAGAGCUGAGCUUUGGACCGCUGAAGAAUCAGAGAGAGAAGCAAGGGAAUAUGAAACCGCUGCUGCUGCUGCUGCUGCUGCUGCUGCUGCUGGCAGUGGUGGAAAGGAGAGACUUGGGACAGGAGAAGGCACGGGGAAGGCAGCAGGAGGGGACCAGAAUCAGCUACAGCUACAGGUCCCUGGGCUGAUAUCUCGAGCCAUGCUGCCGCGCUCCCAGUGGGUGAACCUGGUGAUGCUAGAUGUGAUCAAGGAGCGCAACAGACCCAUCCAGCCGCCCAAGAAGCCCGAGCAGGCGCCUUUCUUCCUCCCCUCUGUGCCCACCUUCUCUGGUGCCAUCCACUUCGCCCCUCCCGAAGCUGCUGGUGCGGCUGGUUCGGCCGAAGCUGGUGGUGCGGUCGGGGCGGCUGGUUCGGCGGAACCUACCGCUGCUGGUGUGGCUGCAGUUGUUGCUGCUUCAGGUGCUUCUUCAGGUGCUACCGCACCUGGUUGGGGAACUGAUGGAGACGAGGAUAUGGAGGACGGGGAGGAGGGAGAGGAGGGAGAGGAGGGAGAGGAGGGGGAGGAGGAGGGAGGAGAGGAAAGGGAGGAUGGAGGAGAGGAGGCAGGAGAUUGGGGGAAGGAGGGAGGUGUGUUGGGGAAGAGGAGGCAUGGCAGGGUGGUGCGAGGAGGGCUGCACGAGUCUGAGAUGGAUACAGAGCUCAUGAGGGCGAUCAGGAGAGGGGCGCAGUGCAAACCGCCGGACUAUUCCCAAGCCACUGCGCUGCUGAAAGCCAUGUCGCCGUCAGCCGUUGAUCUGGAGCUGCGGGCGGUCGAGAUCGUCGAUGAGAGCCCCUCCCCGUCCGACCUGCACCGGGUGGCCCUCCUCAUGGCGUUCCUCGAGGAGAAGCUUCGUGGAAGCUGCGACUUUGAGCUGCUGCAAGCCGUGACACACCGGUUCCUGGCGAUCCACGGAUCAGCCAUCUCAUCCUUCCCUGAGCUGCGCGCCAAGCUGCCUGCCCUGCGAGCAGCACAGGCCUCCAGCUGGCAGCGCCUGGACGAGCUGUUCCAGAGCAUCCGAUGCGUCGUUGACUUCAUUGCCUCUUCGUGAGCAGUGCUGUGCGCCAUUGCCUCAGGCAUGUGCUGAGUGGAAAGAGCUACCUUCCUUGGAGCAGUGCACCACACCACAGGGGGCAGCGCCUGGACGAGCUGUUCCAGAGCAUCCGAUGCGUCGUGGACUUCAUUGCCUCUUCGUGAGCUCUCAAGUGCUCUUUGCUGUGUGCUAAGAGCUCCCUACCUUGAGUGCAGCACAGCACAAGCCUGUGUCUGGCACCAACUGGACGAGCAGUUCCAAUGUAUCCAAUGUGUGGUUGACAUUUGCUUCUUCAUAUGUGGUGCUAAACAAAGGCCUGGGAAAGGAUUCUUUUGAAUAAAAA